UAAAUAACCUUAUGUGACGAGUGUCAUGCAUGGGCAGAGAGACAAGUUCAUCAAAACCAGAGAAGAAGAGAGAGAGAGAGAGAGAGAGAGAGAGAGAGAGAGAGAGUUUUACAAUAUUCUCUUUCUCCUCUCAACAGGAGCAACAAAAUCAUCAAUCACAAACAAGUCGAGGGGAUACCCGAUAUAAAAGACAGGGUGAAGAAGAAUAUAGUUACAGCUUGUAGCUCCAAUGGCAGCACCGCUUGAUUUGCAAGCCAAAUACAUGGAUGUCACUGAUAUUGUUUCCAUCUUGUUAUCAGAAGGGGUCGAUUACCUACUGUCUGGUGAAGAAAAGGUACCCUUGUCAUCCUGUGUUGGGAAGACUGUUUGCUUGUUUUUCUCUGCAAAUUGGUGUAGGCCUUGCAAAACUUUUACCCCCCAACUGAUACAGCUCUAUGAAGCACUUAGAGUGAGAGGCAAGGAGCUAGAGAUCAUCUUCAUCUCCUUUGACAAAGAUGAUAACAAAUUCCAAGAAUAUUUCAAGAGCAUGCCAUGGCUGGCAGUCCCAUUUGAUAUCAAUCUGCAUAAAAGAUUGAGUGAUAAGUACGGUGUUGAUCGCAUUCCGUCACUUGUUCCAUUAAUCUCGGACGCAAUAGCGAUUGAAGAAGAUCUGAUUGGAUUGAUUGAAGAAUAUGGGGUUGAAGCAUUUCCAUUCACCAGGGGCAGAAGAGAAGAACUGAGGGCUAUUGAUAAGGAAAAGCGUGAAGGAGGAAAAUUGGAAGAACUUUUGGCACAUGAAGGAAGAAAGUUCGUGGUUUCUAGAGAUGGAAAACAGAUACCAGUGUCCUUACUUCUUGGUAAAACAAUUGGACUCUACUUUGGUGCACAUUGGAGCCCUCCUUGCCGUGCUUUCACUUCAAAACUCGUAGAAGCAUACAAGGAUCUCAUGGAUGCCAAUGAUCAAUGCUUUGAGAUCAUCUUGGUCUCUACUGAUAGAGAUCUAAGAGAGUUCGAACUCAACAUAUAUAGCAUGCCAUGGCUUGCUAUACCAUACCAGGACAAAACAAGACAAGACCUUUGUAGAAUCUUCAACAUCAACGCGAUUCCAGCUCUGGUUCUAAUUGGACCAGAUGGGAAGGCUCUAAACACUAAUGGAAGGGCCGUGCUCUCCUUAUACGGGGCUAAGGCUUUCCCAUUUACAGAGACAAGGAUCAAAGAGUUAGAAUUAGCAUUGAGAAAAGAAGGAGAAGGAUUGCCUCCCGUAGUGAAAGAUAUAAAGCAUGACCAUGUUCUGAAGUUGGACAUGGCCAAAGCUUAUGUGUGUGAUUAUUGUAAACAGCCGGGGAGGUUCUGGGCGUUUUCUUGUGGUGUAUGCGAUUAUGAUCUUCACCCAACUUGUGUGGAAACGACAUCUAAAAAUAGCAUUUUGGGUGGGGAUCUUGAUAUUGAAACGCUAUAAAUUAAUUUUCUACUAAUUAUUGAAACUUUUGUACAAACUGACAUGGAAAUACCUUAUAAUAUACCAUGCCAUGUUUACAGUAUACGUGUUGUCUCUCUGUUUUCUGAUAUUGAAAGGAAAGUUUGAUACCUGAUUCAUCAGGUGUGUAUC